UAUACCUACAGUAUAUGUCAAUGUUGCUUAGCCUUAUUUAUGCCCUCCCAUAGAGGCCACUUCUUCAUAUUGACCUACUUGCCAUGCCGGGCAACGCUGUGCGCCUGCAGUUACAGGCAGCUCGGAUUCGUUCUGCUCGGCGCCUUGCUUUGCGGCUGCGUCCAGCUAUACAACGGUCCCCAAUUUCCUUGACUCCUCUAUGAAAGCAGUCUAUCACCUUGACAUGGCUGAGAGAAGUGUUUCUCGAUCGCGUGCCGAUUCCGAGGCCUGGAUGGGUCUCAAUAUACUUCAGCCUGGCCCUGGCAAUUCAUCCCCCCUUUCGACCCGAAAACCGGCGAGGAGAAAGCUGACACUAAGGGAGGAGUGCGACAGCCCUGAUGGACGCAAAUGCUGAUUUGAAAGAAGAGACAUGUCUUCGAGAGACCUGACUUGACGAUUGAUGCUGCUAGCGGAAGGAAGGGAGGCAGCGACAUUUAAGCCUGCGGCGUCGGUAUCACCUCCGGACCGCGGUGUUGUCUUCACUUUACUUGUGAUGUUGCGCGCAGGAGAUGCAGAUAUUCAUUUGCUGACCGCGGUUGGACUUGCGGGAACGUGUACGUUCCAUCUUCUUCGACGGCCAGCCGAACGCAACCAAUGCAUUCAACGAACCACUAAUGGCAUCAUGAGCGAUUAUCCUGAUCUGGAUGAAUUAUUCCGUGUCCAGUGGUCAUCACAAAGGUCCUCGCAACACAAUUCUCACUUCAUCGGCACCGCCAUAAGUGAUGGAGAGGCGACUCGCAUAUCCCCCUCCUCAACCUAUCAUCAGGUUGAGAAGAACUCCGCAAGCGCCGAGCUAAUGUCCACCUUUAAGCCAGGAGAAGUUUUCAUUUCUGGAAGAGAAGGACUGGGAUCCACAGGAGUCUUAUUGGGAAGAACUGAGCCGUUCAGGGUACACCAUUGAGUGGAAGGUGACAUUGAACAACAAAGCACUCAUUAA